UUGAUUACAGACGCCAUAUUGUUAUUUUUCUCACUAAAGAGUUUGCGUGCAAAAGGUUUUAUAUUUAGUGAUAAAAGUGAUUUUUUUUGUGAGAUAUUUGGAACACUUUGUAAGCACUAUGUAUAUCCAGUUCUUCGUGAUGCUCUUCACCAGGGUAUGGAGUCAGGAGUUACCAACGCCAUCGAGUCAGCUUGCUCCACGGCACUUCAAUUACCAUCCGUAUAUGCUAAGGCAGUUCUUGGAAGAAACUCCUGCACCAACUAAACAAGGCCCGGUUUUAUUCCCUAAUAAUGCGUCUCCACCCCCAAGGCCGCCUCUCAUGGUGACAUCGAGGCCUCUCGCAGAAUCCGUGGCCAGAAGCGAACUGAACAAUUCAAUAGCAGCUUCAUCUUUUUUAGAUCCUGUGACGUAUAGGCCGAACUAUUUGGAUGACCUCAAUUUUGUAAAAGAAUACGAGACGCAGUCAAUUUCACCAUUGAUAGAUUACAACAGUUAUGUGCAACCAAAACCAAAAUUGCCAAAGAAGAACUUCGCUUACGGAACAAAUAAUAAUAAUUACAAUGGCUAUAACAAUGGCGCCGGCCGCGGCGGUUCGUCUGACCAAGAUAUUGACUACAGCGAGGCGCAAAAUUACGCAUUUUCAUACGUUGUGAAGGACCAAAAAACGGGCGAUGAUUUUUCUCAUAAGCAACAAAGUCAUGGCUCAGCAACCAACGGAGAGUAUAGAGUUCGUCUUCCAGAUGGUCGCGUCCAAAUCGUCUCUUACACCGCAGACGACAAUGGAUAUAAUGCUGAUGUUCGUUAUGAAGACGCCAAAAACGAGAACUACUACAACCAAAAUAACAAUCAUCAAAUUAACGAUUAUAGCAACAGGCAAACAACAAACCUUAAUAACUACAGAGACGAGAUCCCAGUUAAAGAAAAUCAAUACGAUUCAAAAGAACUUUACGACUAUCCUGAUUAUAAAAACUCAGACGAUUUCAAUCUAAUUACAACAACAUUUAGACCAGUAACAAACAAACCAUAUUUUCUUUCUACAUUAAAACCAGCUUACGACGAAAUAAAACAUCUAUUUACAACGCCGAAUUCUUUAAAUAUUGACAUAAAUAGUCCGUCUUCGCCAAAUUACGACUCUGCCACAGAUAAUGUUGUAUUAAUUGGCGGGAAAAACCGUUACACAGACUAUACACAUUUGAAUAACUUGAAUUAUCUGUCUACACCUACGCGCCAGCCAUCAACGUACUUUAAUUUAAAUAAUAAGUAUACCUCUAACACUUUAUUAAGCGACAGUUUUAUUUCUAAAUAGGUAUUAUACAUUGGAUUAUAUAAUUGUACAUAGUUAAUUGUUUGUGUUGUGAUUUAUUUAAAUUAUACUGUAUUUUUAGUAAA